GCUUGAAGUACUUUGGCGCGCAGCUACACAACGAUGUUGAUCCACCACCGUCGACAUUUUGUUCGUGCAUUCCGUGGCCAGCAAGAUGACCCCUCGGCGCUCAACAUGGGCGAUGCGGACGGCAAGCCAAAUAUCGAUGACGACGAGGACGCGAUAGUCAGAGACGCCGAGGAAAGUGACUAUGGAUCAGAACUCGACGACGCCACCGUGGACGAGCUUCUCGCGUCUGCCUACUCUCCAGAGCCGGAAACACCACUGCCGAGAGUGAAGACGGAGGAUCCAGAAGGAGAAGAGCCAGUUCUGCCAGAAAGAGUUGAGAAAGAUGAAAUAGAGACAUAUCCUCUCGUCCUGUCUCGCGCUGUUAUUGAGGCACUCCAGCUCAUUCGAGCCGUUGAGCUCCCUGUUCUCAAUGGCAAUACCGACAGUCAUGCGGCGCCUGUUCAGCCUCCGAAAGACGCCAGGCUUGACGAGAGCGAUCCAUUCACUGUGCAGACAGGAGGCACUCCCAUCAAGCGAGAAACGAGUCCUGUCGAGAGUCCCAUUGUCAACGACACUAGGACGCCCCGAGAGCGCUUUCGAAAGCAGCGGCCGCUGACAGUCACCGAUUUGGUUACGCCGGCAUGGUGUGAGUUGAAGUACUGGUAUAGCUUGACCACACAUGGUCGAGUUAAGCGUACACCGGCUAUGAAACAGGGCUCGAAGAUACACAAGAAACUGGAGCAACAAACGCAAGUGGAAGUCCGCGUCGAGGUCGAGACCAAGGAGGAUCAGAUGGGAUUGAGACUUUGGAACAUCAUACAAGGACUUCGUGGUCUGCGUGCUACUGGCUUGACGCGCGAGCUGGAGGUAUUCAGUGUGGUGGAUGGAGAUGUCGUUGUUGGGGUCAUUGAUGCACUGUCUUACACCUGUCCUGACGACAAGUUGGAGGCCGAGCUGCUAGAAAUGCAAGAGACGGCCAAGUCUGGGUCAAAGAACGAAGAGGUACCUGCAGAUCAGCGAAUGAUGACGGACUUCUUUGCCAAUUCCCAAGAACGAGCCAUCUUCAACAGCCAAGCUGCAUGGGGAGGCACACCUCGACGACCACAGCCAGCUCGGACAAUAUAUCUCACUGACGUGAAGACACGCGGCGUCAACUCUCUUCCGUCCGGGAAACGCAUGCAAUCGACUCAGAUGCAACUGAUGCUGUAUCGACGCCUCCUCAACGAGCUCGCAGCGAACCAAGUGGAAGCUCAAAGCGUAUUCGACAGAUAUGGCAUGGAUCCAAAUGUCCGAUUCAGCGACACAUUCAUAGCCAACAUGGCAGACAUCGACUUCAGCUCCAGCCAACAGCCCGGAGGAAUCGAGGUCGACGACGAAAACGACGAAAUGACAUUCUCCUCUUCCACACCCGUGGACGCCGCUAUGGACGAGGUAACAACCUACAACACCCUCUCCCUCCUCUGGUCGCACAUGAUCAACGAAUUCCAGCGAACAAUCCCACCUCCUCACGCAGCAGGUACGGGUACAGGUACAUCCUGCAUAUCUCCUCUCCUCACAGCCGAAUUCCGCGCCAAAUCCACCGGCGCUCUGAUCGGCCGACGAAGCUUCGUCUACGAUGCCGAAGCACUCGACACAUAUGUCUUAUCGGAGCUCGCGUGGUGGCGAGGCGAACGAGCAGCGCAAGGCGUAGAUAUCGAGGAGGCGUCGUACAAAUGCGGAUCUUGUGAAUUUGCAACCGAGUGUUCCUGGCGACGAGAUUUGGAUGAGAAGUCGGGGCAGAAGGGGAAACUACUUGUCAAGAAUAAUGGUGGAUGAGUGUUGAAGGGAAGUAGGGAGAGAGGAGGGAGGGAGGUUUAAGAGGACAUAUAUGUAUACCUACCUUAUGUAUAUAUCCUUCGCAUUUCCCCAAUGAUGAUGAUUGAUACGUC